AUGAGCAAUAAAAAAAGACAAACAGAUGUUCAUAGCACUCCAGUUAAAUCUUAAUCUACCUACUAAAACCGACUACACCAAUCAACUCAAAAGAAAAAUGAAAGGUAGUCUAUUAAUAUCAGUAGAAAUUUGGAAACAACAAGCAAUGUCAGGCAGAGCUAAAAGCAUUAUGACUCAAAAAUAUUGACAUAAAAUUCAGAGAGAAUUCACUUUCAAAGCUUGUAAAUGUCUAAUGAGAAAAAAGGAAAUGCUAAAAAUAUAAGGAAAGGAAUUUAGAUUGAAUCAGCUACAAGCUUAAGAUCAGAAUUAGUUUCAAUUAAUAACAUGACUCUUACUGAAAAACUUAAGGUUAGUACCUUGGAAUGUAAAUUAACUCCGUAUAAAAGAUAAUAAUCUUCAGUAACUAGGCCUAUCAGAGAGUUUGACUCUUUUGUUAAGCCUAUGUCAUUCCUAGAAAACGCCUAAAAAGAAAGCAAGAGGUCAAGUUUAAGUGCUAUGCAUAGAAACAAACAGUUAAUUGAUUAUGAAAAGCAUAUAAGGGAUGCUGAUAAAUAAACUACAACAAAUAAUUCUAGCAGAGCUUCAUCAAUUUAAAGUACAGCCAGAGCGUGCCAAUUUUAAAGCCUUCGAGAUUCAAGAUUGACGGGAUAAAAAUCUAUAUUAAAACUUCAAACACAUUAAAACUCAUUGCAAAGAGCAAGGAUUACUCCUAGACCAAUAGCCGUCAAGAUUCCAUUCAAGAACAAUAAUGUCUAGAGAGUGAGUACAAUAAAAAACUCAACUAGCAAUCAAAAUUUGUGCACUAAUCUUAAUUCUGUUAAAUAAUUGCAUUAGAGUGUUCAAAAUAUUCAAUUCUUUACCUAAGGUGUCUUAUAAGAGACAAAUGCAUCCCUUAACAUCCCAAAAAAUGCAGUAUCUAGCUUUAAUUCAAGAAAGACAUCAGCAGUCAGAAUGAUAUAAAAGCCAAGUAUAAUAAACUACAAAUAGAUGCUUCCAUAAUCAAAUAAAAAGCUAAAGCAACAUAAGGAUAAAGCAUAAACUAUAAGAACAAGUUAAAUCAAAAUAAUGCCAAAGAAAGACUCAUCAAAAAGUAAAUCUGUUUUGAUAGAGAAAUUCUAAAUCUACUAAUAGCAGUAACAAUAAAAAUAAUUUAAUUAAUAAAGUCAAGUUGAAUACCAAAUGAGUCCAAGUAGUAAAAAGCCUGAGAUAAAAAAGUGCUUUAAACACUCCAAAAGAAGCAGCAAUAAAUCAAUGAGUAAUGACAUUGAUCUAGGGGAUUAACUUGAGAUGUUUCUAGAUGCCUAGAGACGCCUAGUUACAUAAGAGGAAUGCUUCGAGAAAAAAGAGUCAAUGAUGACGUUUUAUUAAAUCAUGCAAUCUUCAAAGGAGGAAGAGUCUAUGUUGUAAAUAAUUAAUAGAAGCCAUCAAUCUUCAUAGCAAAACUAAAAUUUCCCUCUUUAUAUGACCUUGCCUCAUAACAUGGACUUUGUUGAUGCAAUCAACCAAUAUUAGAAAUACUCAAAUGAUGUUAUCAAGAAAAAUCCUUAAUCUCCUAAGAAAAAAGGAAAACCCUCUUUAAAAAGUGAUUAAAGUGAUAGAAAAAAUUUAGAAUAACUUUAGAUUUGGCUUUCCUAAAAAUUAGGUGCUUCAUCUUUGGAUAACUCAUUAGAGUCUGAAUAAGUUAAGGUUAAUUUUAGCUUUCAAUAGCCAACAUAAUAAGAAAUAGAUUUAGCGAGAAGUAUGAUAAAACAGCAGCAAGAAUAAAAGGAUAAGACCAAGUUAAAAGUUUAUGAGACUGGCAAUAACUCUAUAACUAUGGAAUUAAAGAAGAAAUACCCUAUGCCAUAUUAGCAACAUUAUCAAUCUCAGCAGGAGUAAUUGAAUAUAAUUACUAUUGAUAGCUAGAAGCACCAUAAGAUUUAGCCUAAAUUAAAGGCAUAUAGGCAAAGUAAUGUAGUCAACAAUAGUAAGAAAAAUCAAUUGAGCAAUAGCAAUAUUUUACAAAAUUAGCCGCUGCAGACUAAUUCUCAGAUUUAAUAUGCAACUCAAUAAACAUAAAAUGAUUUGAAUUUUAAGAAAAUUUACCUUGAGGGAAUAGACGAAGACCAGUUUAUGAUACUUGAUAAUGAAGAUAGUGCAAGGAAAUCAAUGGAAAUGAGUUCUAGCACAAAUGCCGCAGAGGGAAACAGAAAAGGUGUGUUCAAUAUUUUUAAUAUGUGUACAAGCAGGCCGCAUAAUAAAUAUUUCUGUUGA